AUCAAAGUUGUUUGUAAAUUCUUAAAAUCAUAUUAUACAGAGAGGAAAAGUACAUUGUUCCAAACCAUUUGUGAGAUAUGUAUAAAACUUUGAAAAAUAAUCGAAUAUUACUUCAAGUUAGAAAUAUAGAAUUUGGAAAAUAUGUAAGAUGCUAAUACUUUUAAACUGGUAAGAACAUUUUGCAUUUCAAGUUUAAUUAACAUUUUUAUCAUGAGUGAAACAACUAUGUUUAUGGGAAAUAUAACAGAAAACAUCACCAUAACAACAUCCAUCAUUCCUGAGAUGGGAGGAGACCCACCAAGAAGACCAACAUUGCCAGAAAUUCUUAUGGCAUAUUCAGAAUAUGUCUGGGCAGUCAAUCUUGGAAUUUAUGUCUUUCCCAUAAUUAUAGGACUAGGGACCAUAGGUAAUGUUUUAAGUUUUCUAAUUAUGAUCAGAAGAACCAUGAUUAUAACUCCAACAUGCUUUUACAUGGCAAUAUUAGCCCUCUCCGACACGACCAUUCUGUAUGUAGACUGUCUUAGGAAGUGGGUUUUCCUUAUGUAUGGCGAAGACGCCUGGAACAUCAAUACAGCAGCUUGUCGGGCUUUCUAUUAUCUAAGUUAUUCUUCAUUUCACUAUUCAGUAUGGAUUAUUGUUGCAAUGACUACAGAAAGAUUUUUUGCAAUUCGGUACCCAUUAAAAUUUUUGACCAUUGGAAGCAUGAGAAAAACAAAAGUGGCAUGUCUGAUAAUUCUCAUUUGUGUUUUGCUGCUCAAUUGUCAGUUUACUUGGUCAGUGAAAAUAACAGAGACAGGACAGUGUGUGCCGGAAGAAAAUUAUUCAAACUUUCACAAAGAAGUGAUGCCGUGGAUUGAUGCCGUAUUUUAUUCAUUUCUACCAUUUGUCAUUUUAAUUACAUUUAAUGUGUCAAUUAUUUGUUCCUUUAGAAAGGCCCACAGAAGACAGAAAACUCUCCACGGGAACCCUACUUCACAUAAAUCUGCAUCUCAGAAUCGCUCAUCUAUAAACCACCGAAUGACAGCCAUGUUGUUGUCAGUCACUUUUACUUUCAUUAUAAUGACUGCUCCAAAAUCAAUUCUACUGUGUAUAAGGAAUGAAGUUUUCAUGUUUCUUAAGUAUAACACAUUUGACUUGCAAGAGAUUGCAUUAUACACGCUAAUAACUCGUAUUGCUGACUUGUGCAUCUAUACAAAUCAUGCAAUCAAUUUCUUCCUUUAUUGUGUAAGUGGACAGAGAUUUAGAAAAGAAUUGAAACUGCUGUUUUUAUGUCACAAAUCCCGAAGUGCAAGUCUGUCACUAUAUUCAUCAAAAUGUCCGCCAUCAUCUCAUUACCAAACAAUGCAGACGGUCAGCAGGGGAUCAUAUGAGAAUGACAAUGGACUAGAAUCCUUUCACGUAAUGCAAACCAUUAGCAGUAAUUUAGGAUCAAAUAAUAAUGAAAAUUGCCAGGAUGUUAAUAAACAAAAUGAAUGUGAAAACAGCCUGUGAGUAAAUCACAUGGUAUAAUCAUUAUAAUCAUUGUAAUUUAAUCAGUCUGACUUUAUUUCUUUCAGUUUUGUCCAAACAUGUAUCUGGUGAUAAAAGCACAUCAUUAAAGAAUAUUUCGUUCUUUAAAUGUAGCCAAUAAAAAGUUUCGUAGUUAUUAAUUUUAAAAAAACAUAGCUAGCUUAAAGGUGCACUAGCUACAAAAUAUAUAAAAAAUCUACAGUAUGAUUUGUUUUUGUUCAAUCAAUA